GGUCCAUUAACUCACUCGUAUACGUAUUGUUCACCCAAGCCUCAUGAUUCGAAUAUGGGCGAAGCAUAUGUAUUGGGUGUUGACGAAGCAGGAAGAGGCCCCGUUCUUGGUCCGAUGGUAUAUGGAGUUUGUUACUGCCCGUUAUCUAAAUAUAAGGAAGUAUCUACACUUGGAUUUGUAGACUCGAAGACUUUAAAGGAGACGGAUCGAGAGGCACAUUUUACGUUGAUCCAGUCGCGUAGUGACAUCAUUGGAUGGAGCGUGCGAGUACUUUCACCUCAAGAUAUUUCGUGGAACAUGCUCAAUAAAUCUAAAUACAAUCUAAACGCCCAAGCGCAUGAUGCAACGAUCAACCUCAUUAGAGAAGUCUUGUCAAUGGGAAUUAAUCUUAGAGAGAUUUACGUUGAUACAGUUGGUCCUCCAGAGUCAUAUCAGAAGAAGUUAUUGACAUUAUUUCCAUCCAUUGAUGUAACGGUUUCUAAGCAAGCGGACAGCAAAUAUCCAAUUGUUAGUGCUGCAAGCAUAUGCGCCAAAGUAACCCGGGACCACACUAUGAAACGUUGGGCGUUUGUGGAAAAAGUGAACACAUCCAGGAUAUUCGGAUCAGGAUACCCAAGUGAUCCAAAUACAAUGGCAUGGUUGAAAUCUAACAUUGAUUAUGUAUUCGGAUAUCCACGCAUUAUAAGAUUCAGUUGGGCAACUUGUGGAACGAUAUUGGAGAAAGAGGCAGCAUUAGUCAAAUGGCCAAGCGAUGAUAGCAGUAGUCAAGCCAUAAACAGCCUAUUACAAGGACAUGAUUACAAACAUAAAAGCAAAUUUUUCGAAGAUAUGAAAAGUGUUAAUGACUUUUAG